AGAACAGACAUCCUCUGAAAGCAAACUGCUGCUAUUGUUCUUGCCUUUGCCUCCUUCCCUUUCUAGUUUCUGGGUUCUUUUCUUUGUCUUGUUUUGGGGUUUUGGCUUUCCUUUUCGACGGCUACUUAUGUUGUCUUUGAUGCUCACUUAACGAAAUAGAAAAUUUUGUGAACUCUCGAAGGGCAAAAGCUUGAAUUUGAAGAAGAAUUCGAUUUUUUUUUUUUUUUUGCUUUUUAUUAUGAAGAUAACGAUUUAGAAGCUGGUAAAUGUUGGUUGAACCUUCUUUUCAAAUAAGACGAAAAUUUUCAGGUGAGAAAGUGGCGUUAAUCUCAAGGUUGUCGAAAAAAGAAAUAGCAAUUAAUCGGAGUAUGCAAAAAAAUAGUUUGACUUAAUAGAAAAAAGGGGUUUUUUUUUGUUGUUUCUUUUUGGUGUUUGGAUUUUGGGUUUUCUUUGGGUGUUUUGAUAAUGUCGUCGACUACUUCAUCGGAGAUGCAAGAACCGAGCAUCGACACUGAUAAAUUAAGUUACGAAAUCUUUUCGAUUCUUGAAAGUAAGUUUUUGUUUGGCUACGAUGAUCAGCAGAAGCUAUGGAUUCCGAAACCGAUCUCUCCGGCGUCUGAAUCGCUGCCGUUGGUUCAACAGGGCGAUGAGAAUCCGAUGUCGGCGAUCAAGAAUCAGAGGGGUAAAAUAUGUAUUUUGAGUAUCGACAGCGGCGGCAUGCGGGGAAUUCUGAGCGGUAAAGCUUUGGCUUAUCUCGAACACGCGUUGAAAUCCAAGUCGGGUAAUCCAAAUGCUCGAAUCGCCGAUUUUUUCGACGUGGCCGCCGGUUCCGGCGUCGGUGGUAUCUUCGCCGCCAUGCUUUUCGCCACCAAAGAUAACAGCCGCCCCAUUUUUACCGCCGAGGAGACGUGGCGGUUCCUUGCUGAGAAUGGGAAGCGGAUGUACCGGUCCGGGAAAGGUAAAAACGGCGGUAUUUUAAACAAGUUUUUUAAAAACGGUUCGACCGGAUCAAGUUCAACCGGUUUGGAAAAGGCGGUGAAGGAGACGUUCACGGCGGACGGAAGGAGUUUGACGUUGAAGGAUACACUGAAACCGGUUUUGAUCCCGUGUUACGAUCUUUCCAGUACGGCGCCGUUCCUGUUCUCGAGGGCGGACGCCUUGGAGACGGACAGUUUCGAUUUCCCAUUAUGGGAGGUUUGUCGUGCCACGUCGGCAGAACCGGGAUUAUUCGAACCGGUCAAGAUGCGGUCUGUAGAUGGUCAAACUAGUUGCGUGGCGGUUGAUGGUGGGUUGGCAAUGAGCAACCCGACCGCCGCCGCAAUUACGCACGUGUUGCAUAAUAAACAGGAGUUCCCUUUUGUUAGAGGGGUCGAGGAUAUAUUAGUGUUGUCACUGGGGACCGGUUCGCUACUCGAGAUAAGCUACGAAUAUGAAAAAGUCAAGAAUUGGAAGGUCAAGGAUUGGGCUAAACCGAUGGCUCGAAUAUCCGGUGACGGCUCAGCCGACUCGGUGGACCAAGCCGUUGCCAUGGCUUUCGGACAAUCCAGAAGCAGCAACUACGUAAGAAUUCAGGCAAAUGGGACCAGUUUAGGACGGUGUUGCCCAAACGUAGACACAGACCCCAGCCCCAGCAACGUAAAGAUGCUGAUCGCCAUAGCCGAGGAAAUGCUGAAGCAGAAGAACGUAGAGUCCGUGUUGUUCGGAGGCAAAAGGCUGGCCGACCAAACCAACUUCGAGAAACUCGAUGGUUUCGCCGCUCAACUCGUGCUUGAACAUCAGAGGCGGAGUUGUAGGAUUGCUCCCACUGUCGCUUUCAAGCAACCUAAUAACCCUAAACCCACCACCCCUUAAGAACAUUUUCAUAAUUUUCUCGAGAAAAUUUGUACCAAAUAUAAUUUAUAUAAAUAUAUAAAAAAAAGGUAUGCUUUUCUUUUCA